UUUCUAAAUAAUGGUAAAGAAAACACUUCCUGCAUCGUUUCUAUGACGUAUUUUAAAGCGACCGAUGGUAUCUAUCCAUGAGUAUUUGCCAUGUUUGUGUAAAUAUUAUUUUUUCUACGUAAGAUCAUGCCAUGUUAUUGGUGAGAAGUUAUCGUUUGUAGUGACGAAGCUACAGAGCACAGUGGCGAUAAUGACUGCUCCGAAUUCUAAUCAGAGGCGAGCGUGCUGGGCUGCAAGGGACGUGUUCUGGAAGUGCCUGGAUGACAGUCAAGACGACGGGACUGCGUGCGAGAAAUUCCGCACAGAUUUUGAGGCAAACUGUCCUGCUCAGUGGGUGAAAUACUUUGUCAAAAGAAGAGACUUCUUAAAGUACAAGGAGAAGAUUGAGACCAAGGGAUACGAGUCUUCUGAACAGUCAUCGAAACUAUAGUUGCUGCUGCUGCUUAUUGUGUGAAGAUGUAAGACCACAUGAGAGAAGACACUUGCACAUCAGAAGUUCACAAGGUGAAUCUCGAAUGCCUCUUUUUAAAUUGGCCAGAGUCUAAUUCCAGUGCCUUCUGACAGGCGACUGAGUAGUUUGUGAACCUUUCUGCGUGGUUUUAGUACACACCGUUAAAAAGGUGAUGAACUCUGCCCACAAAUAAACACAAUUGAAUCUGUGUGGCACUGAGAGGAGAGGUAAAGUCUGCCCAUUCCUGAACUGUUUUUUAAGAGAAAAUCACUUUGGAGGUUGUACACAGGCCACAAGUCAGUAAAAUAGUUUGUGAAUGACAUUUUAAGACAAUGAAUAAAAGAAUGAAGCAAAAGGGUUUAGUUUUUGAGUUCUUUUAUUAGUUGUCAUUAUUGUAUCUUAUGUAACUUCUGGGAUGUUUAAUGUGUGUUACAAACAUUGUUAAACUGUCAGUGAUUCAAGUAUUCAAAAAAGUCAUUAUACAUGGACAAAAAACAUGAAAGGCACAUUAUUCUAUAUUCUCUAUGUUUUUCUUAGUAUUAACAUAGGUUUGUGUCCAGAUUCUCAAACUAGCAGAUAUGUUUAAGUUCUGUGCAGAGAAUAAAAAUGAUGUGAGACUCACUUAAUAAAUAGCGCAGUAUCAAAGA